GGAACCCAACUCAGUAGCUCUCCGCGCCUCGAAUUUGGUGGAUCAGAGAUCAGAACACGGCAAUAUUUAAUAUACAUACUUAAUUUUUGAGUAGCUGGCCCACAUCUUCCUCAACAACCAUUUAUGGCAAUGUUAGUCAGCUUGAGGGAUAAUGCCUCGAUCAUUUGGUGGUUAACAGUUGGAUUAGCCGGUUUUAUGGGCCUAUCUAGUGCAGCAUCCGUCAAGCCCAACAUCAUUAUUAUAAUGGCAGAUGAUCUGGGCUUCGAUGACGUGAGUUUUCGAGGCUCUAACAAUUUCCUUACCCCCAACAUCGAUGCCUUGGCAUAUAGUGGUGUAAUCCUGAAUAAUUUGUACACUGCUCCUAUGUGUACUCCCAGCAGGGCAGCUCUCUUAACUGGCAAAUAUCCCAUUAAUACAGGCAUGCAGCAUUAUGUGAUUGUUAACGAUCAGCCUUGGGGUUUGCCCCUCAACGAAACCACCAUGGCGCAGGUCUUUAAAAAGGCGGGUUUCCGCACCAGUCUCAUUGGGAAAUGGCAUCUGGGGAUGUCACAGCGAAACUUUACACCCACGGAGAGGGGCUUCGAUCAUCAUCUGGGCUAUCUAGGUGCCUAUGUGGAUUACUAUGAUCAGAGUUACGAGCAAAAGUCCAAAGGUUACAUCGGCCACGAUUUCAGAGAGAAUCUCCUACCCACCCAUGACCAAGUGGGUCACUAUGUCACCGAUGUCCUUACCAACGCUGCUGUCAAGGAGAUUGAUGAUCAUGGAUCCAAGAAUAGUACUCAACCCCUGUUCCUGCUGCUGAGUCACCUGGCUCCUCAUGCCGCCAACGAUGACUAUCCCAUGCAGGCGCCUGAACAUGAAUUGGCCCAAUUUGGUUAUAUCCAAAACAAGACGCAUCGCUACUAUGCGGCAAUGGUUUCUCGCUUGGACAAGAGCGUGGGCAGGGUCAUAGAAGCUCUGGCAAGACAGGAAAUGCUAGAGAACAGUAUACUGCUCUUUUUGUCUGAUAACGGAGGUCCAACUGAAGGGCAGCACUUUAACACAGCCUCCAACUAUCCUUUGAGGGGGCAAAAGAACUCCCCCUGGGAGGGCGGCCUGCGUUCCUCGGCAGCUAUUUGGAGUACAGAGUUCGAACGCCUGGGCAGCGUAUGGAAGCAGCAGAUCUACAUAGGUGAUCUACUACCAACAUUGGCUAAUGCUGCGGGCAUAUCCCCGGACCCAGAACUCCAGUUAGAUGGCUUGAAUCUCUGGUCUGCCCUCAAGUAUGGUUAUGAGUCGGUGGAGCGUGAGAUAGUCCAUGCGAUCGACGAGGAUGAGGAGGAGCCACACCUCUCGUAUAUGCGCGGCAAGUGGAAGAUCAUCAGCGGCACCACCGUGAAUGGAAACUACGAUGGCUGGCUAGGCGAGCGGGUGACCAGUGGCGAGGUGGAUCCACGCUCCGAGGCUUAUGAAGAUCUUAUAAGGAAUACUAGCGUCUGGCAGUUGUUGCAGCAGGUUAAUCCUGGGAAGCGCAACAUCAGCGGACUGAGGGCAGAUGCCAGUAUUGAGUGUCCGGAACCUGCUACGGGCAUCAGGCCUUGUUUGCCUUUGUUGGCACCUUGUCUCUUCGACAUUGAGGCUGAUCCCUGUGAGCGGAGUAAUCUCUAUGAGGAGUACCGCAAUUCGACUGUCUUUCUGGAUCUGUGGCAAAGGAUCCAGCAGUUUGCCCGAAAUGCCCAUCCUCCCAACAAUAAGCCAGCGGAUCCAAAAUGCGAUCCUCGUUUAUAUAGAAAUGAGUGGACCUGGUGGCAGGAUGAGAAGGCUUCCACAGCGGCGGUGAUGAACCAUUUCAGCUGGUUACUGAUGGGCAUCCUGUGCUGUUUAACGAUGUUGUGAGCAAAGGAUAUUUUGAUGAAUUCCAGUCAAUGCAUUAAAUAUAUUGAGUCCAACGAAUAACACUAAUUAAUUAAUUGUUAUCAGGAUUCAUCAUCAAGGUUGAUGAAAACCUGUUAAGCUGAUUUAUAGCUUGUAUUAUUUAGUAAAAACCUAAUCAGUCCUGAGAAUGUCAAGUGUCCAAUUUGCUUGUCUUAUCGAUCCCUUCUGCGAACUCUGAUAGUUUGCAAAACCCCCUUGAAAAACUUCAGAGAGCGCGCAGAUCUCCGUCAAUCAAAGGGUCUUAACUGGUAUUUAUCGGAGUCACAUUUUAAGGCAGCUAAAUUUGGACUCAUUUCCAAUGUAAUCCCGAUACAAUCUGUCUUCGAGAUUUACGAGUUAUAUUAAAUUCAGUAUUCCGUAGGCUGGCGUGCUUGCUAUCAAAAACACAUUAAAUCAAAAUUAAUCAGACUUUAUUUUCAAGGCCAAUUUAAUUAUAAAUAAGUUAAUAAGAUUAUUUGUUGUUUGUAAAUAUUUAUGUAAUAAAAUGUAUGAAUUUAAA